AUGGAGGAUCAUAUGCCGCCUCCAGAUGGAGCUCUGCCAUUCUCGGACGUCACCGGUCUGCUAGCUGCCGCAGCAAGUGCAGAGAAGCAACAGGCGCUUGUUGCACGAAUCUACCUUCCUACACCGAGCGACCCAGCUUCCUCCUCGUCAAUCGAUCAAUUCGCUCAGCUAUUCAACACUGCAAAGCAAUUUCAGCGGUUUAUGGAAGAGCACACUCGCUCAAGCGACUAUCUUGACAGUCAAGACUACAUCUGGCACAGAGAACCUCCAUCAGUCUCCGUUGUUUCUUCCUCGUCGUCCUCACGGCCGUCCACUUCAAAGUCUGCGACUCAGCAGCUUCCUCACAUCCUCUUUCAUCUGAGAACCGGGGGAGAGUGUAUUGAAGACGAAUGGUUUGCAACACAUCUUCUGCUCCGAGCGUCUAUACACUUCGCUCAGCAGCAGCUAUGCAUCACCGUCGAGGAUGAGGAUGGUCAAUUCCUCCUUAUCGAGGCCGCAGACCAUCUGCCGGAUUGGGUCACACCAGAAGCCGUCGCCAACCGAGUAUGGAUCUUUGAAGGUCAUUUGCAUUUGAUUCCGCCACAUUACAAGAGCAACGAGGAUAGCUCCUUAUCUACCUCCGAUGCCGUCAGACUAGUUGAGGACAAGACCACCCGCACACGGGUAUCGGACGACAUCGAAGCAGCAGCUUUCGCACGCGCAUACGAAUUCCCCUCCGCAGCAAAACCGCACUACCAUCGUACACUAGCCUUCCUACCGCGCCGAGUAGCUCAAGUUCUCACAGCCAACCCACAGCUUGUAUCUAGCUGCGUCACCUCGAUUCAGUCUCGAGACAUCGUCAGCUCCCGGUCCGGUUCUCGACUUGUGCACUUCCCUCCGCCAGCAUCACAUUCUGUCAGAAAAACAGCAUCUGACAAUGCCACUGGCUCUGCAGAUGGCAAUGAGAUCGUCCUGACUCCCGUUCGAAUGACACGGCACCUUUACGCACAGCUACUCUACGAUCGGUUCUUCCCACCACGCCAGCUUGGAGCACAAUGGCAGGCUGCUGUUGAAAAGUAUCGUGCUCGGCUCCACAAUCAACCCUCAGCUGAUGCAGCACAGCCGAAGAUCGAAGAUGAAGACGUGGUACAAGCAGAAAUGAGACAAGGACGAUGGUAUGAUCUAGGCGCCAAGGUUUGGUGCGGGCUGGAAAUGGCUUACACCGAAUCGCUCAGUCGAAGGACACGCACAAGAGCUCGACCUAUGGCUCCGACAGAAUCAGCAGCACCUGCUGGUGAGCGCCAAAAGCUUACCAGCUCUCUCACCAAGCUUGGCUAUUUCCAGGGCGAAAUUGAGGGAAGCGCAAAGUGGAAGCAGCUCGAAGCUGAAGCUUUGUCUCAAUACGUCAAGGGCAGCAGCAACACCAACACCGAAGGGAGUGCUGAAGAAGUACUGCUUUGUGACUUGGUCGACAGUAUCCUUCAGCGUGUCUCCAGCACCCCGCCCACACUCAAGACCUUCUCUCCAAACGCACCCCUCACAACCCUGAAAGACGCAGAAGACGGCGACUCAUGGCUUCAACUUGACUCGGAAGACAUCGAGUCCGUCCUUCAAUCCAAAUCUUCCACUUCCGCCACCGCACCUCCACGAGCAAUCGACGAACAAGACACGUUCCAACGCCUCGGAGCCUUCAACAGCAAAAUGGAAGACUUCAUCAGGACCAAAUCCGACGUCCAAGGUGCCCUGUUUGGAGACGAGCUCAACGAGGAAGACAUGCAGCUUGAUGAUGAAGAUCUCCUCUUUGAGGAUAUGGACGAGGAUGAGCAGGAAGAUAGAGUCCGCGCGGAGGUUGAGCAGAGGAUGAAGAUUGGUGGGGAAGAAGAAAAGAAGAGAUUGGUCGAGAGGCUGAUACCACGUAUGUCGGAUGAUGAGUGGACUCGAGAGCCUCCCACUAUCAGUAGCAGCGACUUCAAUGGAACGGAAAACAGUGGAAAGGAAGACUUUUUGACAUCUAUCGAUCGAGUUGCUGCUGAGCAUGAUGCCAAGAAAAGUCAAAGGGAAUCCGAAGGUGGGAAGGAAGUGGCGACGCGGAGAGACAACAACCUCACCGCGGCUCAUGAAGAGCUUCAGCGCAGACUAGCGUCGCAAUACAUGCGCGAAACUUGCUCUUUGCUCAAUUCACAGGGUCAUGAGCGAUACGAUGGAGCCUCAGACUCGGACGAUGAGGAGUUGGAGGAAGAAACCUCGCCCGAAGUGCGCCGACAGCGUGCGAGGGAGUUCGAUAUUGAACCUGACCAAGUCAAUGCUCCACUUGGAGAAGGGGAGUGGGAGGAUAUUGGAAAGCCAAAGCUGGAUGACGAAGAGACGGAAAUAGGGAAUCUUUUGGAAUUCGCGAGGAUAAGUCUUGGAUUGACUCAAGAGCAGUAUGGUGUAAUCCUGGCUGAGAGGGAGAGUAAGGGCAAAUUUGUUCCAAGCAAACCAAACAUUGCUACAAAGGCGGCUGAAGCACCGACCCAGGCAGAAGAGCCUGAGAAACUGGACACGUUCCAAAGUGUGAUGGCUGCAAUGGAGACUCAAUUGCACCACCUCCAAUCAAGCCAGACCCCUGCUGCUUCCUCUUGCAAAACUCCCGGUGAGCAGGAUGAGGAAAAGGAAAUGGGGGAGGAGGAAGAAGAACUUCUCUCACACCUACUCAAAUCAGGAUCCGAUCUCCCCGCAUCUCUUCUCUCCCAACUCGACAAAGAAGGCGUGGAAGCAGAACAAUUGGAAGGCUUCUUACGAUCAUUCCAAGCACAAAUGGGAACUUCGGGCCCAGGAUCUGGUUCAGGGCCGGUAGAAGUGCUUAUGCGGCGAUUUGGGCUCGGAUCCUUACCUGCUGAUCAGGACUCAUCUGCACAAUCAUAG